AUGCGCAAAGUUCAACUUUUCUUACCGCUUUCCGCGGUGCUGUUGACCACCGUUCUCGCUGCGAACGGCUCAAAUGAAACAGCAGACGUUUCAGUCCAAACCGUUUAUCCUGAUAACCAGAAUGAUGAAGCAACUUUGGAUUCCAAGGGUGGCAAUACCCCCGCGGACACGCGUAGGCGCGACGCGGCUGCCCUACUCCUCCUCACAGCUGUGGUAGCUGGUGUCUUCUUCGCUGUACAGACCUUCACGGCAUCCAAACCCACGAAGCCGAGUGUUACUGAAGUCCCUUUGGAGCGCCCUCAUGUACCAGAGGAGGAAGUCCCUCUGGUGAACCAGUUGUCCUUGAGCAUGCUUCCAUGUCGUGACAACAUCCUGAGGAGAAUGCUCAUGUCUUUUCUAGACGAGUGCAAGAUUUCCGGCGGCUGCAGGUGA